AUGAAAGAUAUUAUGUCUAACUUAGUUGCCCCUUCAAUUCAAGCAAAUCCAAUUCUUGUUUAUAAUUCAAUUGGAAAACAAGGAAACCUAAGAUGUAUUGCAGAAGCACCACCAGAUACAACAAUUACAUGGAAAAAAAUUGAUGAUUCAUCUCUAAAUAUUAUCGACCAACACUCAACGAGAUUUUGGCAAUCUCAACAUGGACAUUCGGAUACAUUCCAUGCUACAUUAAAUAUAAAGGAUAUUCAACAAGAAGAUUUUGGUUUUUACGUUUGCAUUGCUGAAAGUGUAGCUGGACGAAGUAAUUCAACUGUUGAAUUAAAAGAACAUCGGCGAGCAUCAUCUACUCGUCGUACUAUACGUUUAAAUUCAAUUCUUUCUACAAGUGAUCACCUAUUGGGAGAAACAUUGUUUGUUAAUAAUAACAGUUUUUCUUUUCAAUCAACUAAUUUCAUUAUCAGUACUCAAAAUAAUAAAAUAGGUGAUUUUAUGCUUCAACAACAACAUCAUCAUAAACAAAAACUAUCAUCCUAUUAUAAUCAAACACGAAUGCCAUUAUUAAAACGAAAUCAACAACAAAAUAAAGUUCACGAAGAAACGAUAUCGUCAUGGAGUGAUACAAUGUCGUUUGAGAAACGUACUCAUCGAAAUAAAAAGUUCUUGACAAAAAAAAGCAUUUCUUUCAAAUUUCUUUAUGGACGAUAA